CUGACAAAAAAGACUUUGCACGUUAAACCAUUUAUAUGACAGAGAGAAGUGAGUGUUGUAAUGAUCAGGGGGUGUUUACUUUAGAAGAGACACCACCCUCCUCAGAUUCAUCCCUCAUCUAACGUGAUCACCAAUAGAUUCACACAUCUUUCGGGUUUCACAUUCUUCAGGGCAACUGCUACUGUGCCAUGCAUUCUUUUUAAAAACUGGGGGAACAAAUUUCCAAACAAACAGUUUUAGGAUACUAAAUCCUCUUCAGGCAGUUGAAAACAUGGGUUCCUUCACUAAACAGAAGUCAUCGUACAUCAGGGCGAUCUUCACUUUUGGGGUCUUCUUUCUUUUUAUGUUCUUCCAAAACGCGGUGAUCUAUGUUUUCCUCAAACAAUCCGCCGAUUCCAGCCGCGGAGGUCUGUGCGCUUGUGAUAAAUGUGUCACAGAUCUGAACGAUAAAGACUGGUUCAUCCUGCGGUUUAACCCCACUGUUCCAUUUCUGCUGAACAGGAGAAACAGUGUGUUACGGGCAAGCGUCUACAGAUGGUGGACGGCUCUACAAAGGGAAUCCAGUAAGGUUAACUACACAGAUGUGGUGGACACAUUGUUUUCUCUCUUCCCCGACAAAGAGCACUACUCAGAUGCCGGUCCAGAUCGCUGCAGAACCUGUGCUGUGGUGGGAAACUCCGGGAACCUACUGAGAUCCCAUUAUGGGCCUCUCAUAGAUCUUCAUGACUUUGUCAUAAGGAUAAAUAUGGGUCCAACAGAAGGUUACGAGAAGGAUGUGGGGUCUAAGACGACUCACCGGAUCCUCUAUCCUGAGAGCGCCGUGGAUGUAGACAACUCAACCCACUUGGUUCUUCUGCCCUUUAAGAUCAAAGACAUGCGCUGGCUCAUCAGUGUCUUCACCACUAAACACAUCACACACACUUACACUAAAGUGAGACCUACAAUAAAUGCUAACAGAGACAAGGUGAUGAUCAUCCAUCCUGAAUUCAUUAAAUACGUCUAUGAGAGCUGGCUGCAGAAACAUGGGAGAUAUCCAUCCACUGGAUUCAUUACACUGAUAUUUGCCCUGCACAUCUGUGAUCAGGUUGAUGUUUUUGGGUUUGGAGCUAAAGGUGAUGGGAACUGGCAUCAUUAUUUUGACAAAAGCUUGACUCAAUUUAGCAGAGGCCCUCAUGGUGGAGACUUUGAAAAUAAGACCAUGAAUGAGCUUCUGUUGGUAAACAAGAUUUCUAUGCAUAAAGGAUGGCAAUGAGAACAUUUUUCUCAGUAUUGUGUUCCUGGCGCAGGAUUUCAAUUAAACCUUUUGAAAAGCCUGCAUUUAUGUGAAUAUUUAUGCAUAAUUUAUUCAGCUGUAUUUAAUUAAGACAAUUAAAACAAGGUUCUUAUUUAUAAUGGCAUAUUGUCCUUGAUAAUGGGGAAAGUGGAACAAUUAGAAAUAAUUAAGAAUAAAUUGAACAAAUUACAUAAGGCAAAUAAAAAAUACAUAACACAUAAUACUGAUUGCUGAAUGUUACGUAAACAAUGGUUCAAGAAACAAAGCUGUUUUAUGUUUAUAUGUAUAUUCUUUAAUAGGAUUCUGUGAUGUUAUGCAUUUCUGUUGCUGGUAAAUUAAAUACACAAAGAAUUUCACAUGAAGCAUCAACUGCAAUCUUAUCACAUGACGAAAUAUUCUCGCAUGCCUUUUUAAAUUGUAUUUCUGUAUGUAUCUGAAAAUAUGUGAAGUCUUGGUUCUUCACACGGAGUAUUAAAUAAAUGUGAAUACUAGGAACAUACUC